UACUCGUCUGCUGGGCGAUCCUUUAAAAACUCUACCACGCGCCCGGAGUGCUCUUUUUUUCCAGCAAAAGCAACAAUUUGCUAGUCACAUGCACGUUAACCUCCUCAGCUUUACGCAGUUGUUGUAGAAAAAAAGAAAGAAAGAGAAAGAAAAAAAGCGAAGCCAUGAAGUGUUAAAUGUUUCACAUUCAGACGCGCCGAGAUCCGCGUGCUGAGAGAGGAGAGACGGGAGAGACGACAAAACACCCCUAGAAGGCUGUUCAUUUAUAACACAAAUCCGCAGUCUUCUUCUCUUUUUUUACCUCUUCCUCUCUCGGUUUUGAAGAAUUAAAUAAAGAAAUCAAGCUGGCUCACACUGUCUCGAACCCGACCAGUCUGACAGCUGCUCUUCACCCCCUUUGGAGGACUGUCAACAGCAAAAGGAUGGCAUCAGAACUGGCAAUGAGCAACUCCGACCUGCCCACCAGUCCCCUGGCCAUGGAAUAUGUUAAUGACUUCGAUCUGAUGAAGUUUGAAGUGAAAAAGGAGCCGGUGGAGCCCGAUCGCAGCAUCAGCCAGUGCAGCCGCCCAGUCGCCGGGGGAUCCGUAUCUUCCACGCCGAUGAGCACGCCCUGCAGCUCGGUUCCCCCUUCCCCCAGCUUCUCGGCGCCCAGCCCGGGCUCCGGGAGCGAGCAGAAGGCGCACCUGGAGGACUUCUACUGGAUGACGGGCUACCAGCAGCAGCUCAACCCGGAGGCGCUGGGCUUCAGCCCCGAGGACGCCGUAGAGGCGCUGAUCAGCAGCAGCCACCAGCUGCAGACCUUCGACGGCUAUGCCCGCGGGCAGCAGUUCGGCGGCGCGGCGGGACCUGGAGGUGCCGUGGCCGGCGAGGAGAUGGGCUCGGCGGCCGCCGUCGUUUCCGCCGUGAUCGCGGCCGCGGCGGCGCAGAACGGCGCGCCCCACCACCACCACCAUCACCACCACCACCACCACGCGACGGGCCACCACCACCAUCACCACCACAACGGCGCCACGGCGCCCGGCGUGCCCAGCGGUGGCGGCGGCGGAGGGGUCGGCGGCGGUGGCUCGGCGGGGAGCCACCAACUCGCGCGCCUGGACGAUCGCUUCUCCGACGAGCAGCUCGUGACCAUGUCGGUGCGCGAGCUGAACCGGCAGCUGCGCGGCGUCAGCAAGGAGGAGGUGAUCCGGCUGAAGCAGAAGCGCAGGACGCUGAAGAACCGCGGCUACGCGCAGUCGUGCCGCUUCAAGCGCGUGCAGCAGCGGCACGUGCUGGAGGGCGAGAAGACGCAGCUGCUGCAGCAGGUGGAGCACCUCAAGCAGGAGAUCUCCAGGCUGGUCCGGGAGAGGGACGCCUACAAGGAGAAGUACGAGAAGCUCGUCGGGAACGGCUUCCGAGAAAACGGCUCGAGCAGCGACAACAACCCUUCCUCUCCGGAGUUUUUCAUGUCUUCGAGAAAAUUUCUGCACCUGUGAUAUGAUGUGUACUCCUGCUCUCCCCCCAGCAGUCUGAGUCAUUUUAUAGUGUUCUGUGUGUUCCCGCUGGUCUGGGAGACUGUCAGCGCCACGUCAGCCUGAGUCCAGCCCUCUGGCGGUUGUCACACCGACAAGUGUCCGAACUCAGUGAGAGCAGAGGUCAGUAGGGUCAGUGUUCGUGACGAGCAUUUUGACACUAAAGGUCACUGAAGGCGAAGCCUUUCACUCAGUUAUGGCACAACUCACCCAACUCAGCCCGACAGCUCCAUGGCUCAGAGACUUCACAGCAAACACAACUAUCAAUCUCUGUCCAUUCUAGGAGUAACACUGUUAGAGAUGAACUUGCUAAGGCAUAAGUUAAAAAGAAAGAUAAAAUUAGUGACUUCAAGAAAGUGACACCUGCUCUUCUUUCCACAGAAAUAUAGGUUAAGGUAUGUGUGUGUAAGAGCAGCUUUGUGCUUUUAGUGUGCACAUGUGGCCAAGCCACAGCGUCUUGCGGUUGUUAUAUUGUCUGAGGUUGAGAUUUAGAAAGCCUGUGUCGGCACUUUGGCUCCUUCUUUCCUUCUGGGGGAGAGGAUAUGAGGCACAUUUCUUAAAUGGAACAAUAAAUUGUGCUGUUUGCUCACCAAACAAUAGUUUUCUCCGUCACACCUUCUCCAACCACACUGUCUCGCUCUCUGUCUCUCUCUUUCACACACACAUAGUGCUGGGUGAUAUAUCGUCAACACUGAUACACUGUUGUCAGACCAGAGGUGAUUUUAGUUUUAGCUGUUAUGAUAGAUAACAGAGACUUAGUAAACUGACAAUGUGUUAUUAGCUGGAUACUUUUUUUUAAAAGAACUGCUUUAAAUGCGUAAAACUAAAUAAAUAUUAAGCUUCCUUUCCAUAAAUAUGGUGUCUGUGUAGUUAACAUUUAUAAUACUAUAUAAUGUUGGGUCAAUUUCAAGGCUGUCAGGUUUAUAAGACAUUCCCAUGCUUUUUUUUAGUAUUAGUACUCAGGAGGUUGGGGUUCAUUAACUUUAUUAGUGUUUAGCAUAAUUAAUCUAAGCUUUAAUAUUGUUAGUGCAACUUUAACUAUCAUCUGAAUCUAUGAUAAAUGUGGAAAUAUUGUGUUAUUGAAUUUUCUCAACAUCAACCAGCACUACAUACACACCUCAGCAAGCGCAUUCCAACAGCCCACUUUGGUCUACAGAUUCAUUGUGGAAGGUAUUUAAUUUACUAAUUGUACAUUGUUAUCCACAAAAAAACUUAAGUGAAUUAGUAGAAUAACUAAAAGAAUUGGACUGCCUUGCAUUGAAGUACUUUUACACUUCUUUAAAUGUAGUGAUGCAUGUUUGUAUAUAUGUAUCUCUUUUUCUGUCUCUCUGCUUGUUUCUGAUGUGUGUCAGGCCAGCCAC